UUUGUAUGGAACAAGACAAGUGGAAAACUUCUGCGCAAUUGUGGCAAAAUCUAGACGAAGAAACUAUUCGAGCUCUAUGGAAUGUUCAAGGACAACUCAAUAAACUAGAAGAAGAACGCGAUAAAGCUAUAGAAGAAAUAGAACGACAAUUUUUGGAAAGCAGUAGACCACUAUAUGAAGAACGACAGCGGAUUUGUUCUUUGGUCGACCGCUUCUGGUUUCACGUAUUGUGUAGUUUUCCUUAUACAGGAACGAAGAUGACCAACAAGGAUCGUACAGUAUUACAACAUUUGGAAGACGUCUUCUUUACAGAGAUAGAGAACUGUAUGCAAGGUUAUCAGAUAAACUUGAAGUUUUCUCCUAAUGACUAUAUUGAAGACGAGAUUAUUUGGAAGCAGGUAAAGUAUGUAGAUGACUUGCAAGGUUGGAAGGGAGCCGCUUCUGGAAUAAGAUGGAAGAGACAGGAUUCCAUUAUUGACCCGGACAACGAGUUCUUUUCCGAUGGUGAAGAAGUAUUGCAAUUAACAGAGAAGGGAAACACUGUUGCCAAGUUACAGAGAAAAGCCAGGUCGUUAUUGAGUUGGUUUGAAACGGAAGAUGUUACGGAUAACUUGAAAGAUGUAUUUUAUGAAGAUAUUUGGCAACACUGUAUUGAUUGGUUCUUUGCUAGAGACAAUGCAUCGAUUGAAGAGUUUCCAGUUACCAUGGAAGGAGAACAAGAAGAUAUCGUCAUGAUCGAUUGAAUAUAGAAAGACUUGUCAAGUAGUCUUUGCACUGUAAAUAGCUGCUCCUAUAAUAAACAAAGCACCAAUACAUCCCUGGAAUGACAAAGUUUCUUGU